ACACUUCACUUUAUUAGACAGGGGAUGUAGUGUACUGCCGAACACUAUUAAUAAAAAGUAAUCACUCGAGCUAUUGUUGACGCCCUUUUAAUUUUGGUUUAAUUGCGUAAGAUACGAAGUUUCAUCAUACUGUGAAAGCCAUGACGUCCAACUACGUUCAUGGUGGUUCAGGAAUCCAGAACAGUAUGCUUUCGUACACUUUGAAAAAUCUGUCACUCGGGUCCAAUCAACUUACUCAGAUGAAUGAUCAAACUAACUCGAUGUGUAUGACUCCACCGGCUACACAAAUGAAUUUUCUUCGUCCUAUUCCUGGUGCAUCUAGUGAGGCUGUCUUCCCAAGCACACAUCGUCCAGCUUCUGGCCGUACGUUGGGGAUAGCGGAUUUCCUUUCGCUGAAUACCACUUCCACUAACAGACCCUCUGUAUUGUCCACUGUAUCUAUUUCGAAAGCAUCACCCGCCCCACAAAAUGGACAGUCGACGAGAGCUCCUGAAAGGGUGGCUUUAACAUCAAAAGCGGUAGUCCCGGGAAACCAUGGAUUUGCCAGCAUGUUCCGUCCCCGAGGUCCUGGUGUUUCUUCUUCUCGUGUCCUUUCCAACUUACCAGAUAGCCGGCAGAUCCCCUCAAACUCUGAGAUUUGUUCAUCCUUCUUCUCUAAUCGAUUUGGCGGCACAGCCAGCGACAGUCUUACAACGGAUAGAAUAAAUCAUCCAACCGUCACUCACUCUAACUCACCUACAUCUGCAUUUGACAAUAUGUUGACCUCUCCACAUUCGUUUGAAAAUUUUCUACCACCGAAUUUAAGACAGCUAACACAGCCUGGACAAUCUCAUAUACAAAAUUCAUCAGGUUCCUCACUAAACUCCUGUCAAUCUGACACUCCAUUGCCUCCCGAAAUGCGACCUGACACUCACCUCACCCCUUUCAGUGACUCCCAGUGUGUUCUUCCCAUUACUGCCUCUCAAUUCUAUUCCAGUCAUCAUUUUGAAAAUACUAAAAAACUCCAGGCCUCUGGUAGCCUUAAAGUCGCUCCUUGGAUUCUUGUCCCACCAGUUCCUGAGGGCACUGCAGCUCAUAUGAGAACAGGAAGAGUUCAUGAAGCUAAGCCAAACUUGUUCAACAACCCUGCAUUUGGUCCCAUCAUAAUUGAUGAUGACUUCAAGCACGCACUGCACAGUAAACUUCAAGCUUGCUUGUUCAUGGCUGAUGAGUCCAUAAAGGAAAAAUUACCUCGCAACCUAGGAGCUUACACUGACCUCGUUCCUCUAGAAAUUUUAGAUCAACCAAGAGUAUCAGUUACAUUUGGCCUUCCUGGAGUCUGUUUUAAAGCUUGGUCUCCUCGAUUUAGUCGAUAUAUGCUUCUUCGACGCAUAAUUUUACCACCUGAUCAUGAAGCAGCUCUAUCAUCUGAUGCUUUUUAUUUAGCUAAACAACUAUCUGAUUUAAAUCAUUCUGCUAUUGUUGGAUUUCGGGAUGUAUUUUUCACUGAUGCAUUUGCUGAUAACUCGGUUAUCCUGGUUUAUGAAUACAUACCUUGUUCAUCAACUCUACAACAAAUUCAUAUGAGUGAUCCAUUGAAAUUAACUAGUUUUACUUCGCCUUUCAGUAUUGGUCGUACAGUGUUACCUCAUAGUGCCAUAAAAAGUGCUCCAUCUGAUCUCGGAAUGCCUCAUGAGUCUGUUAUGUGGUCAUAUUUAAUUCAAUUAACCAGUGGUUUGCGUUUUAUUCACCAAACAUUUCACCGAUCAUGUGGUAUACUGGAUCCUACUAAAGUGUUAUUACAAGAUGGACCGCGUUUGCGAAUCAAUUGUUUUGGUUUAAAGGAUAUUCUGUUCUAUUCUGCACAAGAUACCAAUUUAGUAGAAAGUCAGGCAGCUGACUUUAUACAACUUGGCAAAUUAAUGAUAGGAGUUGCUUGUGGUACAGUUGCAGCUGUACAGGCUAGUCAACGGGCUUCUUCAUUCAACCUACUUCAGCGUGCAUAUCGACCAGAAUUAGUCACUCUUAUUCGAAGUUUAGUAUCAGGACAGAUAUCAGGAGCAGAUCAACUAAUGCGGGCUACUGCACCAUUUGCAUUCGAUCACUUAACAAGGUUAUAUGAUCAUUCAGAUCUCUUGGAAAGUCAAUUAUUAUUGGAACUGGAAUGUGACAGACUUUUCCGACUCAUCUGUAAACUUCAAUCUAUUGUGGAGCGUUGCGAUCAGGGUACUUCCCCAGAAUGGUCUGAAACAGGUGAUCGUUAUAUGUUGAAAUUAUUUCGAGAUUUCGUAUUUCACCAAUCUGAUCCUCUUGGUGCUCCAUACUUAGAUCUUGCACAUAUUAUUACUACAUUGAACAAGGUACGUUAUUUUUCAUCUGUUCAGUAGAAUUAUAGAUGAAACUACAUUUUUAGUCAGUAAAUGUAUGCUCUGCAAAUAAAUAAAUAUUAUUGAUAAAUAUUUUCAUUAAAAUUAUUGGGUUCAUUUUAGUGUAUCUGAUUCUUAAUCCAGUAUAUAUUUUAAUCUUCACAUUCAAUUAUAAUUCAAUUACGUAGAUGGUAAUUCAAACAUUUUAUUCUAAUUAACCAAAGGUUUGUGAAUUGAAGAUGUCUAUUUUUUUCCAAAAAAGAGUGUACUUUGUUCACAUUAUAAUGAUAUAAACAUUUUCUUCUUCUCUCUCCCUCCCUCCCUCUCUCUCCGUGACUCAAAUUUGUCAGUGUUUACAUGUGUUGAGUUAAAGUAGUUUUAUUUUUAUGUCACUUUGAUGACAUGCUAAACAAAAGCAUUUAGUUGGUAUACUGAUUUCUGUUUGAUGCUUUAUUUUAUUCAGUUGUAUAUCUCAUUUAUCGUUCACUCGAUUACUUUAUGAAGUUAAUCAACAAGCAAUAGCCAAUGGAUAAAUUAAAAUUCUUUAUAGAUUAUUAGAUGACAUUCUUUUGAGUGAUGUUAACCAAUAAUUUGUGUAAUACUCCUAAAUCAUGGUUUUAGUUGCCAGAAGUCUAGUUCUCGUUGUGCAUCAUCGUCGUUCACCUGUUAUUUGAUAAUUUACGCCAACUCAAUUGAUGGUUGUUAAUAAUAUUACAUAUUUUAAUUUCCCUGUUAUUCAGUGUAUGUUCACCUUAUGAAGUCUUUUUACUUUUUUUUAAAUAUGUUUGACAUUUGAUUGUUUUUUUUUCUAAAUUAUACUAUUUUAAUUCAGUGAAUAAACCACAUUAUUUUCGGGUUAAAUUUUCAUAUAAGUUUUACCUCAAAUAUUAAGUGAGAAAUAUUAAUAUACUGUAUUGAAAAUAGAAUGGAUUAGUAAACUUGACCCAAUACCACUUGCAUCUUUAUUCGACUUGGAUUUUUUUUCAUUGUAAUCACUGGAUAAUAACUUUUGUUGAUUUAUUUGUUCCAUUGCCCAAUCUAUUUUCCAUUAAUUUAUUAAAUGUAUUCUUUAUUUUCCAUUCAUUAUUCAUGUAAAGUUAAUCAAUUUCUAUUUCAGGUUGAAGCUGCUUCACCCGAACGUCUUUGUCUAGUCAGCCGUGAUAGUCAAAAUGUGAUUAUUGUCACCUAUGCAGAUAUUAAACAAUGGUUAGAUACAAGCUUUUCUUAUCUAGUGGACAAACACCGUCAGAGUCAGUGUGAACUACAAUUGACACGUCAACGAAAUGCUCGCCAACAACAACAGGAGAUCUCCAAUCCUGGAAGUCAACAAUGACUGGAAUAACCAUAAUUAUGAUUUCGUAAUUUUGGGCCAUACAAUCAUGCUCGGGGGCGAUGCAUAUGGCAUUACGUUCGAUAUAUAAUAUCACUUAUAUGUCCGUCUUCCGUUCUUUACACUUGUGAAGCCUUGUGUCUAACAUUUUUCUCUAUUCUUCUAUCUAUCCAUUUACAUGUGUGGUAUCAUUUCUGCAGUAAAUUAAAAUGAUAUAUUUCUUUAUUCUGUCGAAACUCCAGAGUGCUAUUUUUUGUUUCCCAAGAAAAACUUCCUUCUCUACAUCAUCGGUUAUUAGCCCCUGCUCUCUUCACUCCUAUUUCAUCUACUGAAUUCACCAAUGAAUAUUUGUUUUGCGGCAAUGCAUGUAGUAUUAAUUUGUUGAAAGAUUGUUCACAUCAUCAUUGCUGUUAUUUCAACUGUUAUUGUAUACUUGUUGUAUACUGUUGUUUAUCGAGAGUAAAUGACCUGUAUAUUCGUAUAUUGGUAAGAAUGAUAAGAGUGGCAAUCGCUAAAUAUCACUCAGACUUUAUUGAGUUUUUAAUGGAACUGAUUUUUUGUUGGUUAGUUGUUGUAUUACAUUGUUACUUUUCUCUCUCUUUGUACCUUUUCUUUUUUAAAAAUUGCUCUGUUUGUAAAUGAAAUCUUCACUUAUCGAUCAUAAAUUAUUCUUGUUUCGCAUUUCUAUUUACUAUUAUUAUUACUUCUGCUACUGUUUUUUUACAGUUCUCUUUAGUGCAAGAGUAUUUCUAAUAUCUUGGACAAAAGCAAUUACAAAACAAUGAUGAUGUAUGUGUACUUAUUGUUUCUAUGUAUGUAUUUUGUCAGUUAUUCUCUUAUCUUGAUAUAUAUAUAUAUAUCGAUACAAUAUCAGUCCGUUUCAAUUAUCUCAGCUAUGUUUAUUUUUUUCUGCAAAUUGAAUGUAGAACAGACAAAGAGAGAAAGAGAUAUACAUUCGUUCAUUACGAUGAAAUAGUAUUUCUAAUAAAAAAAGAAAGAAUCAUAAUUUAAAUAGCAGACAAAAGAUGAAAUGCUUCCACUUCUCUUCACUUUUUUCCCGAUUCUUUACUUUUAUACUUUUAUUUUUCACGAAAUCUUUUUUCCAGUCUGUCUUAUAUUCCUUUCUGUUUCAAUUCUUUCCUUCGAAAAAACCUGAUUAUUUUUGAAUUGUCAUUACUGUUGUGUAGGUCGGAUGAUAUUUUUGUCUCUUCCUUUUUUUUGUAAAAUUGUAUUUAUCAUCAGUAAAAUAUUUCAUCCUUCAAUUAAAUGUUUAUUUAAUCAUACUGAGUAAAUAUUUAUUCAAUAAACCGGAUUAAAUACCAUAAAAGCGUAUAGAAAC